CCCGGCCCUGGGCCCUGGCAAAGGAGACCUGUCAGAAGGAUCGCCCCUGUGACCCCUCACCCUGGCCCUGGGCCCGACCCCCGGACUUUCCGAAGCCGGCAAUGACCGUCUGCACCCUCCUCGCGGGUGGGCUUCGGAGCCCCGGACUCUGCGCCCCCACGCGGUGGGCUCCGUCUCCGCCCGGCCUUCCCCGGAUCCCGUCCCGGCCCCGGCCUCAGCUGAGGCCACUGCUGCUGCUGCUGUUGCUGCUGUUGCCGCGCUCAGUCCUCUCGGCCGUGUUCACUGUAGGGGUGCUGGGCCCCUGGGCCUGCGACCCCAUCUUCGCGAGUGCCCGCCCGGACCUGGCCGCCCGCCUGGCCGCCUCCCGCCUGAACCACGCGGCUGCCCUGGAGGGCGGCCCCCGCUUCGAGGUCGCGCUGCUGCCCGAGCCGUGCCGGACGCCGGGCUCGCUGGGGGCCGUGUCCUCGGCGCUCACCCGCGUCUCGGGUCUCGUGGGGCCGGUGAACCCCGCAGCUUGCCGGCCGGCGGAAUUACUAGCCCAGGAGGCGGGGGUCGCUCUGGUGCCCUGGGGCUGCCCCGGGACGCGGGCAGCGGGCACCACGGCUCCGGUGGUGACUCCCGCGGCCGAUGCCCUCUACGCCCUCCUGCGAGCUUUCCGCUGGGCACACGUGGCCUUGGUCACCGCCCCCCAGGACCUGUGGGUGGAGGCGGGACGCGCACUUUCCACGGCGCUCAGGGCCAGGGGCCUGCCCGUGGCCCUGGUGACCUCCAUGGAGCCCUCCGACCUGUCUGGAGCCCGAGAGGCCUUGAGGAGGGUCCAAGAUGGGCCCAGAGUCAGAGCAGUGAUCAUGGUAAUGCACUCGGUCUUGCUGGGCGGCGAGGAGCAGCGCUGCCUGCUGGAGGCUGCAGAGGAACUGGGCCUGGCCGACGGUUCCCUGGUCUUCCUGCCCUUCGACACGCUCCACUACGCCUUGUCUCCAGGCCCUGACGCCCUGGCGGUGCUCGCCAACAACUCACAGCUUCGCAAGGCCCACGAUGCGGUGCUCACCCUCACCCGUCACUGUCCCCAGGGAGGCAGCGUGCAGGACAGCCUGCGCAGGGCCCAAGAGCACCGGGAGCUGCCCCCGGACCUCAAUCUGCAGCAGGUAUCCCCUCUCUUCGGCACCAUCUAUGACUCAGUCUUCUUGUUGGCUGGGGGCCUGGCGCGAGCGCGGGCGGCCGCAGGUGGCGGCUGGGUCUCCGGAGCGGCAGUGGCCCGCCAUAUCCGGGAUGCCCAGGUCCCUGGCUUCUGUGGGGCCCUGGGCGGAGCUGAGGAGCCCUCAUUUGUGCUACUGGACACGGAUGCCACUGGGGACCGGCUGUUCUCUACAUAUGUUCUGGACCCUACCCAGGGCUUCUUCCACUCCGCUGGAACCCCAGUGCAUUUUCCUAAAGGUGGACGGGGGCCUGGGCCUGACCCCUCGUGUUGGUUCGACCCAGACACCAUCUGCAACGGAGGAGUGGAACCCAGCGUCGUCUUUAUCGGCUUCCUCCUGGUGGUUGGGAUGGGGCUGGCUGGGGCCUUCCUGGCCCAUUAUUGUAGGCACCGGCUGCUUCACAUUCAAAUGGUCUCCGGCCCCAACAAGAUCAUCCUGACUCUGGACGACAUCACCUUCCUCCACCCGCAUGGGGGCAACUCUCGAAAGGUGGCCCAGGGGAGUCGAACCAGUCUGGCUGCCCGCAGCACAUCAGAUGUUCGCAGCAUCCACAGCCAGCUCCCGGAUUACACCAACAUUGGCCUCUAUGAGGGAGACUGGGUUUGGCUGAAGAAAUUCCCAGGAGAUCGGCACAUAGCUAUCCGUCCAGCAACCAAGAUGGCCUUCUCCAAGAUCCGGGAACUCCGGCAUGAAAACGUGGCCCUCUACCUGGGGCUCUUCCUGGCGGGAGAAGCUGGCGGCCCCGCGGCCCCCGGGGAAGGCGUGCUGGCUGUGGUCUCGGAGCACUGUGCCCGCGGCUCCCUCCAAGACCUCCUCGCCCAGAGAGACAUAAAGCUGGACUGGAUGUUCAAGUCCUCCCUCCUUCUGGACCUCAUCAAGGGAAUAAGAUAUCUGCACCAUCGAGGGGUGGCCCAUGGGCGGCUGAAGUCACGGAACUGCGUGGUGGACGGGAGGUUCGUGCUUAAAGUCACCGACCACGGUCAUGGGCGACUGCUGGAGGCACAGAGGGUGUUACCGGAGCCACCGAGCGCGGAGGACCAGCUAUGGACAGCCCCGGAGCUGCUUCGAGACCCGGUCCUGGAGCGCCGGGGAACGCUGGCCGGCGACGUCUUCAGUCUGGGCAUCAUCAUGCAGGAGGUCGUGUGCCGCAGCGCCCCCUACGCCAUGCUGGAGCUCACUCCCGAGGAAGUGGUGAAGAGGGUACAGAGCCCCCCUCCACUGUGUCGGCCCUCCGUGUCCAUAGACCAGGCGCCCAUGGAGUGCAUCCAGCUGAUGAAACGGUGCUGGGCAGAGCAGCCAGAACUUCGGCCCUCCAUGGACCGCACCUUUGAACUGUUCAAGAGCAUCAACAAGGGCCGGAAGAUGAACAUCAUUGACUCGAUGCUGCGGAUGCUGGAACAGUACUCCAGUAACCUGGAGGACCUGAUCCGGGAGCGCACAGAGGAGCUGGAGCUGGAAAAGCAGAAGACAGACCGGCUGCUCACACAGAUGCUUCCUCCGUCUGUGGCGGAGGCGCUGAAGAUGGGGACACCUGUGGAGCCCGAGUAUUUCGAAGAGGUGACACUGUACUUCAGUGACAUUGUGGGUUUCACCACCAUCUCAGCCAUGAGUGAGCCCAUCGAAGUCGUAGACCUGCUCAAUGACCUCUACACGCUCUUCGAUGCCAUCAUUGGUUCCCAUGAUGUCUAUAAGGUGGAGACAAUUGGGGACGCCUACAUGGUGGCCUCCGGGCUGCCCCAGAGGAAUGGGCACCGGCACGCGGCAGAGAUCGCCAACAUGGCUCUGGACAUCCUCAGCGCCGUGGGCACCUUCCGCAUGCGCCACAUGCCCGAGGUGCCUGUGCGCAUCCGCAUUGGGCUGCACUCCGGCCCGUGCGUGGCGGGCGUGGUGGGCCUCACCAUGCCCCGGUACUGCCUGUUUGGGGACACGGUCAACACCGCCUCGCGCAUGGAGUCCACCGGGCUGCCUUACCGCAUCCACGUGAACAAGAGCACCGUGCAGAUCCUCUCCGCCCUAAACGAGGGCUUCCUGACUGAGGUGCGGGGCCGCACGGAGCUGAAGGGCAAGGGCGCAGAGGAAACGUACUGGCUGGUGGGCAGACGCGGCUUCAACAAACCCAUCCCCAAACCACCGGACCUGCAACCCGGGGCAAGCAAUCACGGCAUCAGCCUGCACGAGAUACCCCCUGAUCGGCGCCAGAAGCUGGAGAAGGCGAGGCCAGGGCAGUUUUCUGGGAAGUGAGGCUGGGUCUGGGACAAGGAUUAUUCCGGAAGGUCCUUUUCCUGAACGUUGCUGCUGUAGGUGACCAAAAAUCUGGCUAAUACCAGUGACUUCUGUCCAGCUCUGCCUCAAAGGAUUAUGAGCCUUUACAAGAGCUGGUUGCAAACCAGUUGUGUGACUUUGACAAAGCCUCAUUCACUCUCUGGGCCUGGGUUCCCCUUCUGUGGUGAAAUGAAGAGUGGCCUAGGUGGUUUCUGCACACCCCAGCUCUGACAGCUGGGCUUCUGAGUGGUUGGCCAUGGGAUAUGGGGCACGGGGCACGUGGUCUGCAGCCCCAGUGAUCCUGAGCCCAUCAGGAAGGCCCCAGGAAGGAGGAUCUGGGAUUGGAUGUCCCAACACCAGAGGAGGUGGAGCCUGCCUAUUCCACCAGCGCAGGGAUUGUCACAUGGCCUGAGGAUUCCAGGGCUUCUGUUUAGCCUCAAGCGUCCUUCCCUUCUCUAUCCUCCACCAGUCGGAAACUGGCUCCUUUGGUAGCAUCACCACACACCUUGCCCAAGUGCAGAGAAAAAAAAAACUUGGUUCCUGGCUUUGGGGAAAGGAAUGUAAACAAACUGCACCAAACCUUUACUAACCAGAACACCCAGGAAUAGUAGUAUUCUCUGUUUAACUGGGCGCUGCUGAGCAGGCAGUUGGAUGGAAAAUCCUUCCUGCUUAGAUCUUUGCCACAAGCAUCAAGCCAUCCCAUCCUGAAGUUUCUUUUGUGGUACUUUGAUAUCCCAGAGCCUGGGCUUUGGCAUGUUGGACUCUGGGUGGCAGAAGUUAGCAGCAGCUGCAGCCACUCAGGCUGUCUCUCUAGGUAGUGAGCCUCCAGUCCCUGGUGGUGUGUGAGCAGAACUAGAGAUAGCUAGGUGUGUGAGCAGGGAUAGUACCAUCAGAUGGACUCCCUAGGUGGAAGAUUGGACUCAGUCCUCACCACACAGUGUGGCUGGUGGGCCAGCAGCAAUGACAUCACCCGGGAGCUUGUCAGCAAAACAGCAUCUCAGGCUCCGUUGUAUGGAAAUAGAAUCUACAUUUUAACAGAGUUGAACAGAGUUCCUUGAGAGUAUGUAUACAUACUGUUAAGUUUCUGAAUCAUGGAACUAAGUGAUCUUAGGAGCUCUAAAAUCUCAGAAUUGCUGAGA